AUGAUGAGUGGCAAAGGUCAUGAAUGGAAUGCAUGUAUGAACACAUGGAAUAUGCAAAAUGAUCAUAACUCCAUGGUUGACAGUAGCUUCCCUAAUGAUAACGUGGUUGACGGUAUUUCCAGUGAUGAAAAUGAGCCCUCUACAUUAGACCUCAUUAGGGAUGUAGCCUUCCCAAAUGCUGCUCAUGCUACCGGCAGGAGAAGGAUGAGCGAACCCUCCCAUAGUCAUGAUUCUAAUCAUCUAACUGAUAACUUAUUAUCCAAUAAUAUAGACCCGAACGGCAUUGAAAUUUGGACACCUACUUCCACUGAUGCUUUAAUUCAUAAACCGUUGAAUGAAUUACUUAGGGCGGUUCAUCUGUCGCCACGAGACGAGGAUCCCAAUCUAAUGGAAGAUCGGUUUUAUCAUACGAUGCUAAAUGAGAAUGAUGCUCAUUACAAUCGUGGUGACCAUGUUGUCAGUAAAGUUAAAUUUGCUGAUCACAAUACAACUAAUGAUUUCCCAUCGAAUAUAAGACGGCAUAGUGUUACAUUUGAUACAAAUUCCGCAUUAUCUAAAGAUUAUAAUAAUAAGGAUAUAUAUCCAAAUUUUGCGAGUUUUAUAAAUGAAAACGGUUCACCAUUACAGAUUUUAUACAAUAAAAUUCAAGUAUUUUUAAUUCGAAAUAAAAUUUCAUUGGAAUUUUUGAAGAUUUUCAGGAAUUAUAUUUAUCUUUUAGAAAAGAAUAAUGAAAAUCCUGAAAAUGACCAAUUUGUACUAAGAUUGCAAAAUGAGUUAAGUAGAAGUUAUCGGCUGACCUCAGAGAUGAAGGAGAUUUUAUCUAUCUUCAUCUUAAACCCCUCUACCCUAUUGACUAAAUUGGCUCAUUGGGAAUAUAAUAAAGAUGAGAAUAUAAAGAGAAAUUUUUUAAAAUUUUGGUUACAAACUGUCAAUAAAAAAUUAAAACUACAAUAUUUGGAAAUUCGUUGGAACGAAUAUUUGAAAACGAAAUGGUUUAAUUUUUGGAAUUUCAAAUAUACACAAGAUAUUGAAAUGAUUAGUAAAGAUGCAAUAAAAUUCGACAACGAACGACAAUUAAUCAAGGCAUGGGAUCUUUGGGAGAGAAAAAUCUUUUUGUACAAAGCACAAGAUAGUUUGGCUAAUAAAUAUUUUCUAGAACAUGUCUUCAACAGAACGAAAAGAAAUUUUGUUCGAAUAAAACAAUUGAAAGAAAAAUCUGUAAAUUUCCACAAUAAAUUAUUGAAAAAAGAUGUAAUAAGAACGUGGCAGCUAAAGCGUAUACAGAAAACUUUUGACAAGAAAUUAAAUGAAAACCGCUUAAACUGUAUGUUCCGGAAAAUAAUUAAGAAAUGGGAUGUAAUAAAAAUUAAGAAAGAGAGGGCAACAGUCACAAAUAUUUUCUUUCAAAGAUCUCAUUAUUUAAAAAUAUGGACUUCCAACACAGAAAAAUCACAGAUUAAAAUCAAUGAACUGGUAUCUUUAGAGAAUCGCUUCAUCAAACAAACCAAGAUGAAUAACUUAAAGAAUAUUAUGAAACGGAAGAAACAAGAAUAUAUUACGAAAGAGAAGUUAGAUGACAUUCUACUUUGUUUUAUUUUCAAUCACAUUUGGAGACGUAGAUACACUGAAAAUGUUGAUUGUUUGACCUUGUUAAAUAUAAAUGAGAAGAAACUACUAAAGAGAACGCUUACUUUUUGGAAACAAAAUUUGCAUCUACGCCUAAAAGCAGAUGAAAUGUUUAGGAAAAAUAACUACCUUCAAUAUAUUAAGAAAUGGAAGAUUCAAUCGAGGUUGGCUCACCUCGAAAGCGAGAAGAACAGGAAACUAUUCAUUGAUAAAUUUGGAUUAUGGCAUAAAAAAUUAUCAGUUAACAAGCAAUAUAGAAAAUACUUCAAGACAGUAGUUUUACGGAGAGGCUUGAAAAAAUGGACCGAAUCGAUUCAUAGGACGAAACGACUUAAUUCAAAAGCAAUUGCAUAUAACAAAAACAAACUUCAAUUGAGAUAUUUCCGAAAAUGGCUCCAAUCAAAACAAGGUAUAAUAGAGAAUGAUGAAAAAGCUCGAUUAUUCCAUAAAUUGAAGAUCAUACUGAAAAUAAAGAAAUGUAUACAGCAUAUUAAGAAUGUGAAAAUACUUUCAGAUAAAAUUGGUUCAUCUUUUGUGCGAAAUAGAUGCCUACAGAAAUAUUAUUCCCUAUGGAGGGAGAAAAGAUAUGAAAACUAUAAAGCACGUUUAAUAUCAUUAGGUAAAAGAUAUGAAAAUCAUUUACACUCGAAAAUUAAAUCAAAAUAUUUUACGAUUUGGGGUCAGCAAUAUAGAUUAUAUACCGUAGAGUGCGGAAUAAGAGGCCAAGAGUCAAGAAAUUUAUUUCUCAAAAAGUUUGCUAUGAGAUUGAUCAAAGAACAAAUGAUUGAAAAGGAGAAUUUAUCCAUUAUGAGCUUACAAUAUGAUAUAUCCAGACUCAAAAUCAAGGUAUUUCUACGAUGGCACAAUCAUCUUUCAUAUCUUGUAAAGUUAAACGAAAUAGCAAAUGACAAAAUAAAUGAAGAUAAUAUACAUUUAUUACAAGAUUAUACUAAGAAUUGGAGCAUGAAGUUUAUGAGAAUACAAAAAAAUGAAGAAUCAGUUCCAACGUUUAGGAAAAGGUGGGAUAGAGCUACGGUGAGGGGGAUUUUCAUGUUGUGGAAAAAUAAACUAAAAAACUUUGAACGGAAUUUGGAAGCAAUUCCCAACGGAACCCCGAAUUUUAAAACCCCUAGGAAAUCAAUAAUGGGAACGUCUUCUACAAUCCCUGGUUCAGAAAGGAUGAAAGAUUCUAAAAUGAAAGCUAUGAUGAAUCACUAUAGUAAAGCAAGGCGAGCAAUUCCAAGUCCACUUAAGACAUCAUCUUCACUGAAUCUUUCAGCUCGGAAGAAAAUUGAGGGAAGAUCUUGGGAGGGAAGAAGUCCGUCACCUACGAUUCACAUGGGGAACUCGAAUACUAACGACCAACGCGUAAUAAGGAAUAACUCGAUAUCUUUAGGUGAUAUCGCCGAUAUCAAACCAAAGACCAUUCUACAAAGCCGUGAGAGGACACCCGUUAAGGAUUUAAGUUCCAUUGAUGAUACUAAUGAUACUCGAAUAAAUCCGAGACUAAAGGGAUCUCCAACAAGGCGGAAUCCGAGAUUAACAAACACAAAAUGA